CUUCAUAAUGUAUUCAGAUUUGCCAAUGAAACACAUGAUAAAAAGAAACUGGAUAAUGGCGCUAAAUAUCUGGGAUAAGAACCAAGAUUGGUAAUAACGCACUCAUCCCUGUUUAUUAUUUUAUAGUCUAAAAUAUUUCCUUUGUAAACUUUGUGCACGUGUUAAUUCAGAUUUACAGUUUUAGGCUUUUCAAAACGUACGGUGUCGCUGUUCACUAUUACAGUGUCAGCAAAUCAGCACUCAUAACGUAAUAUAGAAGAAGCCAUUGCAGAUUCUCAAGACAGUGGAAGCACUGCAGUACGCGAGGAAUCAGUUGCUUUCAAAAUACUUGUUUCAUGUGCAAAAGGAAGGGGUUAUUGAAAUCGUUAGGAUAUUAGGCUGCCGCUAGCAUUAAUAAGUCUGUAUUUUCUUAAAAUAUUUUAAAUAAUUCAUCGUUUUGCGACAUUAAUCGUUUUCCCAGUUGGAUUAUAGGCAGUUGGCAACUAUAACAAUGACCGCACAUUUUAUCGUUCGCUUCAGGAAAAGGUAUGUCUCCGUUUUCUUUUUUUCAGUUACAUGGAGUUUUGCAUUUUCUUUAACGCGAUAUUCCAUUCCCGAAGAAAUGGGAGAAGGCUCCGUAGUUGCAAAUUUAGCUGCUGAUCUGGGACUAGAUGUUAGCAGUCUAUCUGAUCGCGAAAUGCGGCUCGAUAUCAUUGCUAGCAAGAAAUAUGUAGAUGUCAACAAAGACACCGGAGAACUAUAUAUCACAGAAAAGAUAGAUAGGGAACAAUUAUGUAGUUCCAAGGCUACUUGUUUUCUGAAGAUGGAUGUUAUAAUCGAAAGCCCGCUUCAGAUAUUUAAUAUUCAGCUGGAAAUUACAGAUAUUAAUGACAAUGCGCCUUAUUUCCUGAGGGAAAGAAUAAAGCUUGAUAUUUCCGAAUUGGCUUCACCGGGAGAAAGGUUUUUCCUAGACAACGCCGUUGAUCCAGACGUUGGUACGAAUUCGGUAAAAACCUACCAUCUAAGUGAAAACGAAUAUUUUAGUAUCGCGAUUCAGACAGGGAGAGACGGGUCAAAAUUUGCUGACUUGGUAUUGAAGAAGGCUUUGGAUAGAGAGGAACAGGCGGUUCAUAAUUUAAUACUCACCGCUAUAGAUGGCGGAGCCCCUCCACAGUCCGGCACUGCCAGCAUCACCGUCCGUGUUCUGGAUACGAACGACAACGCCCCUCAGUUUGAUCAGCAAAUGUACACUGUGAACAUAACAGAAAAUUCCCCAAUAGGAUCUCUUGUCAUUAAAUUAAAUGCCACUGACUUGGAUUAUGGUGCAAAUGCAGAAAUCGUAUAUUCUUUCAGUCCAUAUACCCUUCAAAGGACGCAGAAAACGUUUAGUAUGAACACCGUAAACGGGGAGAUUCGUGUGAAUGAAGCAAUAGAUUAUGAAGAAACUAGAAUCUUUGAAAUACAUGUACAGGCGAAGGACAAGGGACCCAAUUCAAUGUCUGCGCAUUGUAAAUUAAUAGUAUUCGUAAUUGAUAUCAACGACAACUAUCCGGAAAUCUCUAUCAAGUCUUUUAAGAGUCCCAUUAAAGAAAACGUUACAAUUGACACAGUGAUAGCGCUGAUCAGUGUAAGUGAUAGAGAUGCAGGGGAAAACGGUAAGGUCGAUGUUCAUCUGUCAGAAUUAUUGCCUUUCACGCUUCAGAAAUCGUCCGAAAACUAUUACGCGCUGGUUGUUUCAGAACCUCUGGAUCGGGAAAGGGUUCCCGAGUAUAACAUCACUUUCAUUGUCACGGAUAGGGGUUCACCUCCUCUAUCUAGUAAUAAAUCCAUCACGUUGGAGCUCUUGGACGUCAAUGAUAAUCCUCCUGUAUUCCCAAAGCCUUUCUACACAAUUUCUGUGAUGGAAAACAAUGCGCCAGGAGCUGUACUAAGCGCUUUAACCGCUCUUGACACGGAUCUGAAUGAAAACAAGUAUCUUACUUAUUCCAUUUUGGAGAAAAACAUUCAGAACGUCUCCAUAUCAAAAUAUUUUUCAGUUAAUCCAGAAAACGGCAACCUUUACGCACUCCAGUCUUUUGAUUAUGAGAAAGAGAAGGAGUUUCUAUUUCACAUUGAAGCUAAAGACUCUGGAGUUCCCCAGCUGAGCAGUAACACAACUGUCCGUGUCCUUAUGUUUUGGAUCAGCUACGUUAUUACUAUCCAGCGCGAUGUAUGA